CUAAAGCUCCAUCCCAAUCCGCAUUUCCCUCUAAAAACCCUGUGGCGGUUCCUUGUCCUGCUCCUAGGGUUUUAACAUAAAUACUUUCUCCGUCUCCACUCGAGCCCUCGGCAGGACGAAGCGAAAUCCGAGGAGACAGAAGGGUUUUUCGUCUGUCUUAUAGCUGCUGGCUGGUACUUUCGGUAAGAAGAAGACGACGGCGGGGAGGAAAGCAGAUGGCUUCGUUGGAUCUGACGAGGGGGGCGAUAGCCGCGAUCUCGGAAGGGGGGGCGGAGGGCAUGAAGCCGGUGCUCCAGGUCUCGGACGUGAGGCUGGUGAACACGACCCAGAGCACGACGGAGAGGUACCGGAUGAUGCUGUCCGACGGGGUACACACGCAGCAGGCGAUGCUGGCGACCCAGAUGAACCCUAUCGUCAAGAACGGCACCUUGCAGAAGGGCUCCUUCGUCCAGUUGAACGAGUUCAUCUGUAACACUAUCCAGGGCCGCAGGAUAAUUAUUGUCAUCAACUUGGAAGUACUAGUCCCCAAGAGUGAUAUUAUUGGGGUGCCAACACCCUUUGAUAGCGGCGCUUCUGCUUCACAGAACCGAGCUCCUAUGUCUGCUCAGUCAACUAGUAUAAAUCAACCAGGUAUGGCUGCUGGAAUUCCUCAACCUUAUGGUGGUUCACGCUCUGGUGGUCUUCCUGCUGGACAAAAUAUGAUGGGAGGAGCUUCUGUGAGUCCCAAACCAGAUCCUGUUACAAAUACAUCAUCUUACAGCAGUUCGUAUGGUACUGGUCCGAUAUCAGGCAGGAACAUGAGUAACUUGAAUUCCCUACAACCAAAAGCUGAACAGGGUUCAGGGAUCUAUGCCAAUUCACAUCCAGAAAGUGGUAAUCAAAACCAGAGGUUAUCAAAUCCAGGGAUGACUGCAGGAUAUCAACCUUCUCUUGGUACUUAUGGGCGACCGCCAGUUCAGCCUACAUAUCAACAGCCCCCUCCAUUGUACACAAAUAGAGGGCCCAUUGCUAAAAAUGAAGCUCCUGCUCGAAUAAUUCCAAUUGCUGCUUUGAAUCCCUAUCAGGGUAGGUGGACUAUCAAGGCUAGGGUAACAGCAAAAGGGGAGCUUAGACGCUACAACAAUCCCAGAGGGGAGGGAAAAGUGUUCUCUUUUGAUCUUCUUGAUUGUGAUGGUGGAGAAAUACGAGUGACUUGUUUUAACUUGGUGGCCGAUCAGUUCUAUGACCAGAUUGAGGUUGGGAGAGUGUACUUGAUAUCUAAAGGAAGCCUGAGGCCUGCACAGAAGAGUUUCAAUCAUCUCAACAAUGAUUAUGAAAUUUUUUUGGAGUCUACAUCAACAAUCCAGCCUUGUUUUGGGGAGGAUAAUUCCAUCCCAAAGCAGCAAUUUAAUUUUCGACCAAUAAGUGAAAUUGAGGGCAUGGAAAACAAUUCCAUGGUGGAUGUAAUCGGUAUUGUGACAUCUAUUAGUCCUGCAGGUACAGUAAUGAGAAAAAAUGGUACUGAGACACAAAAAAGAACUCUUCAGUUGAAGGACAUGUCUGGUCGUAGUGUUGAAAUAACUCUAUGGGGAAACUUUUGCAGCACAGAAGGGCAGCAGCUGCAGGGCAUGUGUGACUCUGGUAUAUAUCCUGUCUUAGCCAUUAAAGCUGGUAGAGUUAGUGAUUUUAGCGGCAAGUCAGUGGGAACGAUUAGCACCAGCCAGCUAUUCAUAAACCCUGAUUUUCCUGAGGUGCACAGAUUGAAAGAGUGGUACAGCAACGAAGGAAAGAAUGUGGCUUCCCUUUCAAUAUCCAGGGAUACUUCAACUAUGGGGAGGACUGACAUUCGCAAGACUGUUUCACAAAUUAAGGAUGAGGGUUUAGGAAGAGCUGAGAAACCUGACUGGAUUACUGUUAAGGCAACAGUUACAUUUAUAAAGGUUGAUAAUUUCUGCUACACAGCUUGUCCCUUGUUGGUGGGGGACAGACAAUGCAAUAAGAAGGUUAACAAUAAUGGCGAUGGAACAUGGCGCUGUGAUCGGUGUGAUCAGAGUUUUCCUGAAUGUGAUUACAGAUAUCUACUCCAGUUUCAGAUCCAGGAUCAUACAGGUAUGACGUGGGUUACGGCAUUCCAGGAGUGUGGUGAGGAAAUCAUGGGUGUAUCUGCCAAGGAGUUGUAUUUGUUGAAGUAUGAGGAACAAGAUGAUGUAAAAUUUGCAGAAAUCAUACGAACAGUCCUCUUUAAUCAAUAUUUAUUCAAGUUGAAAGUUAAGGAGGAGACAUUUAGCGAUGAGCAGCGUGUGAAAUCUACUGUUAUCAAAGCUGAAAAAGUGAACCCCUCAUCAGAGAGCAGGUAUCUUCUGGGCUUGAUUGAGAAGCUAUCAGUGGAGGAGCCCAAUGUUGUCUCAGGUGCGCAUGGAAAUUUUGCUUCCAGUUCUGGUAUGUCCAAUGCUGGGUUUGGUAGUAUGGAUUACAAGCCUAGUGUAUAUUCUGGAACCAACAAUUUGGGCAAUAGUAGUGGUGGCCAUCUAUAUAGAAUGGAACAGACUAACCAAUUUGGACAGCCAGUGAAUGAAUAUGGAGGUGUCAUGAAACAUAACAUUGGAAAUAGGGAAACACAAAUUUUCUGCAAUAACUGUGGCUCUUCUGGUCACAACUUUCAGAACUGCCCAAGGGGCAUUAGUAGGCAAGGCCAGUCUGUUGGGGUUGGCUUUGACAAUAGGCCCUUGAAUGCUGCAAUGGAUGGUGGCAUUGGUUCUAAUGUAUGUUUUAAAUGCCAGCAACCUGGGCACUGGGCUAGAGAUUGUCCCGGACUGACUGUUGCUUCCUCAGCAUAUGGAAGCAGUGGUGCAUCUGGAAGAUACACAAAGCAAUAUGUUGGUGGUUUUUGAGAUCUGCACUUUGCCAGGCAAUGCAUGACCGCCAUGGUAGAUUUGGAAAUCGUCAGUAUACAGUGGAAAUCUUUGACUUGUUUGAAAUCUUUGACUUGUCUGGGUUCUGUGUAUAGUGGGAUAAAAUCUUUUUUGCCCUUAUGAGCACAUGCUUGUUAAAAAAUUUUGUGGAGGUUCAAUUGCCAACUGAAUACUGACUGCUCUGCUUGCAAAUCUAUUUCUUAAAAAAAAUAUGUUAAAGGUAUGUUUUCCAGGAUGUCGAUUUUGCUUGUAAUAUAUUUUCCCCCUAUCAUCUGUCGCUUAUGGAUCUACUUGAUGCCGCACGACAUCCAGUGUCAUUAUCAGAAGGUUUGAUAAAACUGUCUUCAUGCAUAUGCAAUUCGUGAAAAUGUUAUUUUUUUCUUUA